UUGUAUUCAAUUGAAUGUAAUGUAUGUAUGACUUGACUGAGUGGUGGCUCUCGUGAUGAACUCAAUGCUAUAAACGCUAUGUUUUUUUUGAGCACUAAAUCAGUGAAUUCAGUGAACACUUGAAUACUUCAUACAAAACAGUGAAACACUUCAUAACAUUGAAUAUUAUGAUUGCUAUGACUGUUGUCUUGUGUUUGACCACUCAUUCAUUGAUAUAUAGAUCUACUGAAAGACUCCAUUGCUUUGGUCCACACCUACUGUCCGUACAAUUAACACGAAAUCUAUGACCAAAUCAUCGACUGGUUGGCCAUAAUGUGAUACUUUGAUCACUUAAUGUCUGAACCGUUGAUCUGAGCCAUUGAUUAGUGUGACAUUUGGUUGAAUCAAAUCAAUAAAUAGGCCAUUGAUUGGAUCAAUUGAAUUAUAGUUUAUUUGGACACUUAACCAAAGUUGCGGGCAUUGAUGAAAUGCCAAUAAUAUCAUCGAUUAAGUCAACCUCACAGACAGUGCCACAAAAGACAGACCUCAAGCCAAUAGGCAUUUGUUUGCCUACAAACACAUCUAUAGAGAUGUCCAAUUCGGGCGCAACACUGGCCACCAACAGAGUGGCCACAACAACGUCAACGACCGGCUAUCGUAGCGAAAUAUUUAAUACGAAUGCAUCGCAAUCAUCGACACCACAGACACCAUUACCUGUGGGCGCCCUCUCUGUAAUGGUCGCCCGAUUCUCGGAUAAUAAUUCCCGUCCGCAGACUGUUAUACUACAUCCGAGAACUAUAUCAACAGCACCGAGGGGUGGUCUUCAAGUUAAUACAAUUAGAGGACAGUCGGUAAUAACUGGACAAAGCAUUAGUACGACGGGUUCAACGCCAUCACUCACGUCAACCUCGGCAUCAAUAUCUGUGCGGACAACACAACUAAUCAGUGGUCAACAACCGACUAAUUCAUUACCUGUUCUGAAUCUCUCGACUAAUGUCAACACAUCGGCCGUUACGCAAAAUUCCGUUACGAAUGUCAAACAAAUUUGUGGUCAAAACCGACCUUUAUUUACAACAUCAGGUCCACUACCGAUAGAAUCAGUUAGUCUUGUUAUGGCUCCUAAUGAUCAUAAUGUUAUGAGCGCCCGUCCCAUUAGAUUGCAAACCAAUGAUUUAAAGCAAAACAUAACCAAAAUAAGUGGACCGAGAACUACAUUAAUGGCCGGAUCUACUAUUAUGGCGACUCAUCCACAAAAGGUAGCCAUAAGUAUCGGUGGAACUGGUCCUCAGACAGGAACAGCUGUAUCGCAACCUGUAGCCCGAGUUGGCAUCAUUGGCCAAUUACCAGUGCCGACAACAACUGUUAACAAGUCUGGUAUCAUAAACCUGCAUAAAGGCCAUCUAAUAAUAAACUCUGCUUCGGGAGCAAACAUGAACACCGGGAGCACAACCCUUCAUAAUAUAGUUAAUGUAAGCGGYGGUUCCAUCACAUCCUUCACUACGACUGCGCAGUCAUCGCCACAGACGGCAAAACUGUCACUCAAUUCAAGUCCUAAUAACAUCUUAACGACCAGACAUUCGGUGGUCUCGACGAGUUCGCCAUUCAUUCAUAGUGUAAGUAAUUCAUUGCAGUCUUCACAACAACAACACAUACAUACCUCUCAACAGCGAWCUAUUGGCCAUCAAAAUGCAAACUCAUUACAAACCUCAUCGACACUACAACCGCAACAAUUAUUACCGCCGAUCACAUCGGUUAACACAACGUCACCUCUAAGGCCAACGAUCCUCUCAUCUCCAGCUAAUUCACCGAUAAAACAAUCGCUACAGACCUCAACUCCCAGUUCUCCCCGACCCAGCAUUUUGAUACGUAAGCGACCAAAUGAUUUACUAUCAGGAGGUCUGACGCCAACCGCCCUCUUUAAGACAACUGUACCAAACACAUCCAUUAGCGGCUCAACAAUACCACGAGUUUCUUGUUAUGGACUAAAAACUGAUUUAUUAAAUUCAGAGAACAAAGUAAAUGAUUUAUUAGCCACAAGUGAUGCAAAUUUAGCGCCUAAUUGUUCAACAGCUCAUCCAACGACUCCUAACUCUGAAGGCAAUCAGACGCCGCGGAAGAAACCACGAAAACAACUAUUAGAGCCGUCGAGUCUUAAGACAUCACAAAAUCUUAAUUUACUCAACAGUUCUACCAGUGAUUGUAAAGAAGACAUUUGUAAUGAGAAGGAGAGUGUGGUUCGCAUCAAUAAGAAACCACGAGUUUCACUGUUAUCAUCAUAUAAUAUGGGCUGGAAGUCACUUCAAUACCACUUCUUAAGGUAUUCCGAUGUUAGACCAAAGCCUGAAAAAAAGUUAACUUUAAGUGAAUUGAGUAACGAAGGACUUCAACGAAAGAAUGGAUGGAAGAUUCAUCACUUGGCGUCUCAGAUGGAAGUGAUGACUGAUAAUGAGCACAAUGUGUACCAAAGAUUGAAUCAAUUUUUAGAGACUUUCGAGAAGGAUGUUUGUGUGACGAACAACCAGUGCUCCAACACUACUGUUAACACAAACACAAACCCAAAUGCAACUAAUUGUUUGAGUGCCAGUGAGUCCAAUAACAGGACUACUAUAGGUGUCAAUGAGGCACCUCUGGACACAAUAGCUGUUAAACUAAAUGAUUUGAUUAGAGGUAAUCUUCAAAGAAGUAACUUAUUCUCGGAUCAAAUCACUGAAGCCAAACAACUUAUCAUUAAAUUAACGACUGAUCACAAAGAAAGAGUCGGCAAAAUCACGAAGAAGUGCGCCAAUAAAAGGACGUAUAUUAACAAAUGAUUAACACAUGUGUUGAUCACAUACUACCACAUCCUAUGACAUCAUAUUUUGUGCAAAAACCUGUCGUUUAUUUAUACUUUAAAAAUUGAUUUGCAUUUCAAAUGAAAGCCAUGUUUUAAUUUAUAACAUUAUUAUUAUUAUUAUUAUUAU